AUGACGGUAAAGAAAAACAUGGCGAUCUAUUCGGUUUUAUUACCGAAUCAGUUCAUGUCGACAAAACUGAAUCUUGAAAGCGACAGAAUCGUAUUUUUUUUUUCUGUUAUAGGUACAGUGACAUUUAUCAUUGGGUUUACGGGAUGUGUCGGUGCACUUAGGGAAAAUACGUGCCUCCUAGCUACGUAUGCGAUAUUCCUGGCGUUGUUAUUAUUAAUGGAGGUGGCUGCCGGUGUUUUAGGCUUUGUUUUUAAAGACUGGAUAAAGUCACAAGCCACUGGCGGUUUUCAAGCGUUCAUUAUUCACUAUAGAGAAGAUCCCGAUCAGCAGAAUCUCAUCGAUUGGAUUCAAGAAGAUUGGUUACAGUGUUGCGGUAUCGAGGGUCCUAAAGACUGGGAUCGAAAUAAUUAUUUCAAUUGUUCGUCGAGCGACAUUGGCUCCAGGGAAGCAUGCGGCGUGCCUUUUAGCUGUUGUAAACGGAAACCGAACGAAAUUAUUAAAAAUAAACAGUGCGGCUACGACGUCAGGAAACCUAGCUACACUGGAGAGAGGAGUAUAUAUGAAAGAGGCUGUCUAAGAGCAGGCGAAGAGUGGCUAGAAUUGAAUCUGGUACCUGUCGCUGGUACUGUUGUCAGCACUAUGGUUCUGCAGAACUUUGAAGUUGCCAAAGUGAUUUAUGAAAAAGGUUGUAUUCAAGCUGGGGAGGAGUGGGUGGAACGAAAUCUUCUUGCAAUUGCCACUGGUGCGGUUGGUACAGCAUUUGCACAGAUUCUGGGAAUCUGCUUUGCUCAAAACCUCCGAGCGGAUAUUUUCGCGCAGAAAGCAAAGUGGCAUUGACAAUUUCGA